GUUGACUUUACUUCUCUACUUCUAGCGCUUCAUCUUGUUUCAUCUAGCUUGCCUACUUACUUACCUUUCUACCUGAUUACUUAUCUUCAUACGGAAGAGUUGCGUGAGAGGAAGAUACCUACGAAUCCGAGGGAGGUUCCGUUCCGAGAGGAAGGACGAAUCUGGUCCCAGACCAACCAACCAACCACCACUCACCCAGCAGGGUAAAAGGAGAACCGACCCUCAACAUCUCCAUCAUCAACAACCACCCGACAAUCAAAAUGUCCGACACACACAGCCCUGAGCCCGAGCUCAAAGCCACCGUCAUAGACGACCAGCCCCCGACCCCCGGCGGCGCUAUCGAUGACGAACCCGCCAAGGAGACGGAACCAGAAAGUCACGAUGCACAGCCUGAAGACGAACAACAACCAGAGGCUGAGGAGCAGGAGCAGGAGGAGCCAGAGCAAGCUGAAGAAGAGGUCGAAGAGGAUGAUGAGAAGCUCUCCGAUGACGAAUCGAUUCUGUCCGAGGUCGACGAAGCUCAGUUCGAGGAUUUCGAUCCCGAGAAUGUCGACAUCGAGGAUCGGCCGCAGCUGGCUAUUGAUGAGGAUAAUUUGAAGUUGAUUGGACGGCAUAAGCGGAAGCGCACGGAGGGGGGCGAUGAGGAGCGCUCGAAGCGGAAGAGGGAGGGGAGGCGCGAGAAGAAGAGUCGGCGCAUGAGGGAGUUGGAGGAUGGGGGCGCGAGUGAUGAGGAGAAGGCGAGUCGGAGGAGAAAGAAGAAGGAGGCGGCGCUGCAGGAGGAGGAGUUGUUGGAUCCGGCUACUAGACGGAGGAGAGCGCUGGAUCGCGCGAUGGAUGAGGCGUUGAAGAAGCCUACGAAGAGACGGUUUAGGAAGGCGGAUGGUAUUGAUCUUGAACAAAUGGCCGAUGCCGAAAUCGAAGAUAUGCGCAAGCGCAUGACGCAUGCCGCUCAGAUGGAUGCCAUCAACCGUCGCGAGGGCAAGCCCGCCAUGCACAAGCUCAAGAUGCUCCCCGAGGUCGUCUCCCUGCUCAACCGCAACCAAUACGUCAACAGUUUGGUCGACCCCGAGAUCAACCUGCUCGAGGCUGUCAAGUUCUUCCUGGAGCCCUUGGAUGACGGCUCGCUGCCGGCGUACAACAUUCAGCGGGAUCUGAUGACGGCGCUGGGCAAGCUGCCGAUCAACAAGGAGGCUUUGGUUGCCAGUGGCAUUGGCAAGGUGAUUGUGUUCUACACGCGGAGCAAGCGUCCUGAGCCAGGCAUCAAGCGCAUGGCGGAGCGUCUGUUGGCCGAAUGGACGCGCCCGAUCCUCCAGCGCAGCGACGACUACUCGAAGAGGGUAUACCAGGAGGCUGCUUUUGAUCCUACUAAACUGAACACCACCCGCACCCAAUCCGUGCAGGCCACGGCAGCAGAGGCUCGGGCUCGCGCAUUGCUGCCUCCUCGUCUGGCGAACCGCGCGCGCGCCGAUAUGACACACACCAGCUAUACGGUCGUGCCGCGGCCGACAAUGGUGCAGGAAAGCAAGUUUGCGCGACCUUUGGGAGCUAGCGGCGAGGAUCGGUUCCGAAGGAUGCGGGCGCGACAAAUUGCGGCGCAGAAGGGGUCACGCCGGUAGACUGUUAGCAUCAUUCUGCAGUUGUGCUCACUUUUUAUGUAUGUCAGGCUUUAUCUCGUAGUUAACUCGGGCGGCGCAGGCGGAAUGUAUUAAGUAUUAUUGGAC